AUGACCUGCUACCAGCCGCCAUCCGACCCUUUCGACCUGACUAGGCCGAUGGUUAUCCCCGCUGGUGGACGCAUCGCCGACAGCAUCGACCCGUCCGACCUGAUGUCGACUUUCCCAUCCUCCGACGCCGACUGGAUGGGCAAGAGCUCGCUAGAGUUCCUGCCUUGGGACCUGUCCGGCAGCAACGAUCAACAGGAAGCAUUUAACCUAUCUGAGGAAGUCGCCGACGGUCUAGAAUUCCCAAAUCCGUACAUCAAUGGCGACUACACCUCUCCGAUGGGCUACAGAGGUUACACAGUAGCUACCGAGGAUGCGCUAUCAUAUGCAUCACCUGUGUCGGACGGCGAAAGCGGGACUUGGUCUCCGACGCACAACAAUGACAAAAGCAACAGCCAGUCCCCGGCGCCUGCAGACAACACAAAGGGCCCUGGCAGUGCUACAUCGCCUUCGACGGGCCACAGACAUGCCGUCAGAAUGCCAUUAGCUACUGCAGGCGGCAGUCCUGUUGCUCCAGCUGAACACACCGUCUACGAAUCAUCAUCCUCCGCCUCUCUUCGAUCCCGAAAACUCUCCAAUGCCACCGCUUCUUCCUCGUCGCCCUUGUCGCUAACAGCAGCAACAACAACAACAACAACAACACAAACAUCAUACCACAGCAAUACUCCACCGGUUCGCUCAGCGACCGAGCCCGAUCCCGCAGCAGUCAUGAAACGCAAAAAGGCUGCUCACAACGCCAUCGAGAAGCGUUAUCGUACGAAUAUGAAUGCCAAGUUUCUCGCCCUUGGAAACUCGAUCCCUCGUCCCGGACCAUUUGCGACUCAAUUGGCUUCCAACAAGGGCUCGCGAAAGCACUCGCUCUGUUCAUCUCGUCGGGACUCUCUCGCCAAUGGGACACAGCAGCAGCAACAACAACAAAACAAAUCAGAAAUCCUCACAAACGCACUAUCGUAUAUUCAAGAAUUGCAGGAAGAAAACUCGCGAUUAAAAGGCGAAUUAAUGGUCCUCAAGGAAAACCUAUUACCUAGAGGACCUUUCACGUGGCGGCGAUAA